UUGUAGUUGUUAGCUCUGUAUUAGCACUUCCCCUACCUCACCUUCUUUCUGUCCCUUUCCAUUUUUUCUGUCAAAGUUAGCUAACGCGUUUCGUGUCAAAAGACUUAAAACAUGCGUUACGUGGCUGCUUACUUGUUAGCUGUCCUGGGCGGCAAAACCAAUCCCGUCGCCGCAGACCUCGAGAAGAUCCUCAGCUCCGUCGGGGUGGAAGCUGACGGCGACAGAGUGAAAAAAGUCAUUUCCGAGCUCAACGGCAAGUCCAUCGAUGAUGUCAUCGCACAAGGCCGUGAGAAAUUGAGCUCCAUGCCGGUGGGAGGUGGUGGUGCAGCCGCACCAGUCGCCGCAGCGGUCGCUGCCCCCGCAGCUGAGGAAAAGAAAGAAGCCAAAAAGGAGGAGAAGAAAGAAGAAUCGGAGUCCGACGACGACGACAUGGGCUUCGCGCUCUUCGACUAAGACCUUAUUCCUUACAUUGUAUAUUUUGUAAGAUCAAACCUGAUUUUCUAAUAAAAAUGUUAAGUUGA